AUGGGGCUGACAAAGACUUACAAGGACGGGUCCACACCUGUUGUAGCCAUUAUCGGCUCAGGAUUCUCAGGUAUAUGUGCGGCAAUCAGGAUUCAGACACAGCUCAACAUCUCUACAUUCACCAUCUUUGAGCUCGAGCCAGAUAUUGGCGGCACCUGGUGGUCCAACACCUACCCCGGAUGUGCCUGUGAUGUCAAGGCCCACAACUAUGCUUUUUCCUUCGAACCCAACUACAACUGGUCCUGCAACUAUGCGCCCCAACCCGAGAUCUGGGACUACCUCCGCAACACCGCACGCAAGUACAAGCUCUAUGAGAAGAUCCACUUCCGUACCGAGAUCACGCAUGUCGCUUGGAAUGAGGGGCGACAGAAGUGGGUUCUGGACCAUGUCAACCUCAACAAUGGAGAGCGCGAGCAGACCGAGGCCGAUAUUGUGUUCUCGGGCAUGGGGCCUUUGCGUAUCCCGCAGAUCCCCAAGGAGUUUGAGAAAUUUGAGGGGCCAAAGUGGCACACGGCUCAGUGGAAUCAUGCCUACGAUUUGACCAACAAACGUGUGGCUGUUGUCGGCAGUGGCGCCAGUGCGAUCCAGGUGGUGCCGUCGAUCGUAAAGAAGGUCAAGUUCCUGGAGUACUAUCAAAGGACGGCUUCGUACAUUAUCCCACGCAGGAACGCAACCUACAGCUCUCUCUGGAAAUGGAUUUUCCGCACUAUCCCCUUUGUCCACUUCAUUUACUACAAGCUCCUCUACUGGUCCUCCGAGUUCACGGUUGCCGCAUUCUCGUCUAAGUUGAAGGACCUGGUCCCUCGCAAGUUCAUGACCCUGAUGGCUUGGUUCUUCCGGUGCGUCCAAGUCCGCGACAAGGUUCUGAGAAAAAAGUUGACGCCGACGUACGAUAUGGGCUGCCGUCGAAUUGUGGUCUCGUCCAACUACUACCCAGCCUUGACACGCAAGAAUGUAAGUGUUCAUACCGAGCCCAUUGUCAGCGUCAAGGGUCAGACCUUGAAGUUAAUGGAUGGGUCUGAACAAGAGGUCGAUGCGUUAAUUCUGGCGACGGGAUUCCAUGUCCAGGAGAUCUUCCCUGAGGGCUUCAUGAUUGGCAAAGAGGGCCAGUGCAUCAACACAGUCUUUGGCAAGAACCCGCAUACCUACUAUGGCCUCACUGCUCCCGAGACGCCCAACAUGUUCUUCCUCCUCGGACCCAACACCGGCCUGGGACACAACAGCAUUUUGUUCAUGGUGGAGGCGCAAGUUGAGUACGCGAUCAAGACGAUCUCAUACAUGAUGGAGAAAAAUCUGUCGUCGAUCCAAGUGACCAAGGAGGCGUGCAAGGAGUUCAUUGACGAACUGGACGAAAAGAUGAAAGGCAUGGUCUGGUCGUCGACUUGCAAGAGUUGGUACCAGAACGAUGAGGGAAGAGUCACGGCCUUGUGGUGGAGCUCUUGCACGCAUUACUGGUGGCGCCUCAGGAGCUUUCAUCCAAAGCGAUUCGUCGGCGUUAAGAGGAUCUGA